GCACUCUGGCCGCGGCGGCGGUGGUGUCUCGCUGGUGCCAUCGGCGGCGUCGAGGACGUGCUCCUUCCGCGCGCCCCCCUCCGCCGCCCGAGGGCCUUCCUCCGCCCCGCCGCCAUGUCGUGCAACUACGUGGUGACGGCGCAGAAGCCCACCGCCGUCAACAGCUGCGUCACCGGACAUUUCACCUCGGCGGAGGACCUCAACUUGUUGAUCGCCAAGAACACCCGCCUCGAGAUCUAUGUGGUCACCGCGGAAGGGCUGCGGCCCGUCAAGGAGGUUGGCAUGUACGGCAAGAUCGCGGUCAUGGAGCUCUUCCGGCCCAAGGGAGAGAACAAGGAUUUGCUCUUUAUCCUGACAGCAAAAUAUAAUGCCUGCAUCCUUGAGUACAAGCAAAGUGGGGAGAGCAUUGACAUCAUCACCCGAGCCCAUGGCAAUGUGCAGGAUCGUAUUGGUCGUCCUUCAGAAACAGGCAUAAUUGGUAUAAUUGACCCAGAGUGCAGGAUGAUUGGAUUGCGCCUCUAUGAUGGCCUCUUCAAAGUGAUUCCUCUGGAGCGAGAAAAUAAGGAAUUAAAAGCUUUUAAUAUUCGACUGGAGGAACUGCAAGUCAUUGAUGUCAAGUUCUUGUAUGGGUGUCAGGCUCCUACCAUCUGUUUCGUCUAUCAGGAUCCACAAGGUCGGCAUGUCAAGACGUAUGAAGUGUCCUUACGAGAGAAGGAGUUUAACAAGGGGCCCUGGAAACAGGAGAAUGUGGAGGCAGAGGCCUCCAUGGUAAUUGCAGUGCCUGAACCAUUUGGAGGAGCUAUCAUUAUUGGACAAGAAUCCAUCACCUACCACAAUGGUGAUAAAUAUCUUGCUAUAGCCCCACCCAUUAUCAAGCAAAGUACAAUUGUAUGCCAUAACCGUGUUGAUCCAAAUGGUUCCCGUUACCUUCUGGGGGACAUGGAGGGUCGCCUAUUCAUGCUGCUAUUAGAGAAGGAGGAACAAAUGGAUGGUGGUGUAAGUCUCAAGGAUUUGCGUGUGGAGUUACUUGGAGAGACAUCAAUUGCAGAAUGCCUGACAUACCUAGACAACGGUGUUGUGUUUGUUGGCUCUCGACUUGGAGACUCUCAACUUGUGAAGCUCAACGUGGACAGUAAUGAACAAGGUUCAUAUGUCGUGGCCAUGGAAACCUUCACCAACCUUGGACCCAUUGUGGACAUGUGUGUAGUAGAUCUUGAGAGACAAGGCCAAGGGCAGCUGGUUACUUGCUCUGGUGCUUUUAAGGAGGGCUCUCUGAGGAUCAUCCGGAAUGGCAUUGGGAUUCAUGAACAUGCCAGCAUUGAUCUGCCAGGGAUUAAAGGAUUGUGGCCUCUGAGAUCAGACCCUCAUCACGAAACUGAUAACACUUUAGUGCUGUCAUUUGUGGGACAAACCAGGGUCUUGAUGUUGAAUGGGGAAGAGGUAGAGGAAACAGAGUUGACAGGAUUUGUGGAUGAUCAACAAACUUUCUUCUGUGGCAAUGUGGCUCAUCAGCAGCUAAUUCAGAUAACAUCCGCCUCAGUACGACUUGUCACUCAGGAGCCCAAGGCCCUUGUAAGUGAGUGGAAAGAGCCAAAUGGGAAGAACAUUAGUGUGGCUUCUUGCAACAGCAGUCAAGUGGUGGUAGCUGUAGGGAGAGUGCUUUACUACCUAGAGAUCCACCCCCAGGAACUCAAGCAAAUAAGUUGUACAGAGAUGGAGCACGAGGUGGCCUGUCUGGACAUCACUCCCUUGGGAGAUGCCAGUGGCAUGUCCCCUUUGUGUGCUAUUGGCCUUUGGACCGACAUCUCGGCGCGUAUUCUUAAGCUGCCCUCAUUUGAUCUGUUACACAAGGAGAUGUUGGGAGGAGAAAUUAUCCCACGUUCCAUUCUGAUGACCACCUUUGAAAACAGCCAUUAUUUGCUUUGUGCCCUUGGAGAUGGGGCUCUCUUCUAUUUUGGGUUGAACAUUGAAACAGGUUUGCUGAGUGAUCGUAAGAAAGUGACUCUUGGAACUCAGCCCACUGUUUUAAGGACAUUCCGCUCCCUUUCCACCACCAAUGUAUUUGCCUGCUCCGACCGCCCGACUGUGAUUUACAGCAGCAAUCACAAACUGGUCUUUUCCAAUGUCAAUCUUAAGGAGGUGAACUAUAUGUGUCCUCUCAACUCAGAUGGAUACCCUGACAGCCUUGCUUUGGCCAACAACAGCACUUUGACAAUUGGCACCAUUGAUGAAAUUCAGAAGCUCCACAUCCGUACUGUCCCCCUUUCGGAGUCACCCAGGAAGAUCUGCUAUCAAGAAGUAUCCCAGUGUUUCGGUGUGCUGUCCAGUCGCAUUGAGGUUCAGGAUGCCAGCGGAGGCACCACAGCACUGAGGCCUAGUGCAAGUACUCAGGCCCUCUCUAGCAGUGUGAGUUCCAGCAAGUUGUUCUCUAGUAGCACGGCCCCACAUGAGACAUCAUUUGGUGAGGAAGUGGAAGUUCACAAUCUGCUCAUCAUAGACCAACACACAUUUGAAGUGCUUCAUGCUCAUCAGUUCCUGCAAAAUGAAUAUGCACUAAGCCUGGUUUCCUGCAAAUUGGGCAAAGACCCCAACACAUAUUUUAUUGUGGGCACAGCUAUGGUGUAUCCUGAUGAGGCUGAACCCAAACAGGGACGCAUUGUGGUGUUCCACUAUUCAGAUGGUAAAUUGCAAACAGUGGCUGAGAAAGAAGUGAAAGGGGCUGUCUAUUCCAUGGUAGAAUUCAAUGGAAAACUCUUAGCCAGCAUAAACAGCACGGUUCGGCUGUAUGAGUGGACAGCAGAGAAGGAGCUUCGCACAGAAUGCAAUCAUUACAACAAUAUCAUGGCCCUCUAUGUAAAGACAAAAGGCGACUUCAUCUUAGUUGGAGAUCUGAUGCGCUCCGUCCUUCUGCUUGCAUACAAACCCAUGGAAGGGAACUUUGAAGAGAUUGCCCGUGACUUUAAUCCUAAUUGGAUGAGUGCUGUGGAGAUUUUGGAUGAUGAUAACUUCCUAGGGGCAGAGAAUGCUUUCAAUUUGUUUGUGUGCCAGAAGGACAGUGCUGCCACAACAGAUGAGGAGCGUCAGCACCUGCAGGAGUUCGGGCUCUUCCAUUUGGGUGAAUUUGUAAAUGUCUUCUGCCAUGGUUCCCUGGUCAUGCAGAAUCUCGGUGAAACGUCCACACCGACACAGGGCUCUGUCCUCUUUGGAACAGUCAAUGGAAUGAUUGGACUGGUGACUUCACUGUCAGAAAGCUGGUAUAACCUCCUGCUGGAUGUGCAGAACAGGCUCAACAAAGUCAUUAAGAGCGUAGGAAAGAUUGAACACUCCUUUUGGAGAUCAUUUCACACAGAACGCAAGACAGAACCAGCAACAGGAUUUAUUGAUGGAGAUUUGAUUGAAAGCUUUCUAGAUAUUAGUCGACCCAAGAUGCAGGAAGUGGUGGCAAACCUACAGAUUGAUGAUGGCAGUGGGAUGAAGAGAGAGGCCACCGUCGAUGACCUGAUCAAGAUUGUGGAGGAGCUCACCCGUAUCCACUAGCUGGAUGAAGAACAGUUUCCUAGCACCUUCCUUCCUCCAUCCUAGCAUAUGGAGUCUUUCCCCCACCCCUGCAGCUGGGGACCCCCUUUCCAGUUGCACUGUAACACUAGCGACAGUAGCAGUGUACCUGGGAGGAAAUGGGGAAUCUAUGUAAUGAAGCUGUCUCACUAGGGACUUGGGGUGCAAAUAUGGGCUGUUGAUGGCAUCAUCUCCUGCUUCGAUUUGCUCAUCCUGGGGCUCUCAUCGGCCCACCUAGCCCUCGUCCUAGCCAGUUGUUCCUAUUGAUAAACAGCUAGCAGUUGACAAAGGUGCACCCCCUACCUAGACUCUUCCCACAACUCAUUUGUUGUUGUCUUUUACUCUCUUUUUAGAUUUAUUAUUUUUGUUGUUCCUUGUGUUUUGAAGUGGGAGUCUUUCUUUUCUCCCCCAUUCCCAUUUUCUUCUUCAUCCAUUUUAAUGCAAUGUGGCUAGAUGGCAUUAGGGAGAUGGACAUGAUGCCUACUCUAGCUUAUAGAGGUGCCUGUUUGGGUAAGGAACCCGAAUGUGGGUAGAUGGCCUCUCUACCCCCAGGCCUGGCUACUCAUUCAGGGAGAAGGGGCUGAAAAACAAAAAUUUCUGUUGUUGAUUUUGGAAUUUUACCAAAUAAAAGUAGUCCAAAAGGAAAA